UGCAUUUUCUACACAACAAAUACAUGUACACAUUCAAUAACCUCUUUCCUAAGCAAGUUUAGGUGGCCGAUAGCAACUCCAAACACCCUUCUAACCUUUCCUUUUUUCACCUCACAUUUCACACAAGGUUUCUUGCUUGUGGCUUCUUCCUCUCUAGUCCUAAUCUGUGUUUCGAUUCUUCUUCGUCUUUGGAGAUGCAGCUGCACAUAUCGCCGAGCUUGAGGCACAUCACGGUGCUGCCUGCAAAAGGUUUUAGGGAGUUUUGCAAAGUGAAGAUUGGAUCAAGAAGGCUGUCGUAUCGCAUGGUUUUCUACUCCCUUUUGUUCCUCACCUUUCUUCUUCGUUUCGUCUUCGUGCUCACCGCCGUUGAUGCCAUUGAUGGAGAGAAUAAAUGCUCCUCCAUAGGUUGUUUAGGGAAAAGGUUGGGACCAAGAAUACUCGGAAGAAGAUAUGAACAAGAUGUGCCUGAAGUGAUAUACCAAGUGCUAGAAGAAGACACAAAUCCAGAAGAGAAAGAGAGAGGCCCAGAAACAUUGGAAGAAUUUGUUGCAGAAAUGAAGAGUGAAGUUGCAGAUGCCAAGACCUUUGCCAUGAAGCUCAAAUCCAUGGUAAGAUUCCUUGAAGAAAGGAGUAGAAGUGCUAAGAUUCAGGAGUACCUCUACCGUCAUGUGGCCUCCAGCAGCAUCCCAAAACAGCUGCACUGCCUCACUCUCCGGCUGGCCAACGAGCACUCGACCAACGCCAACGCCAGGCUGCAGCUGCCCUCACCGGAGCUCGUCCCAUCACUCGUGGACAACUCCCUGUUCCACUCUGUCCUCGCCUCAGACAACGUCCUGGCUGCCUCCGUGGUUGCAUCAUCGCUGGUGCACAACUCGUUGCAACCUGAGAAGGUGGUCCUCCACAUCAUCACGGACAGGAAGACGUACGCCCCAAUGCAGGCGUGGUUCUCGCUGCACCCCCUAGCCCCGGCCAUCAUCGAGGUCAAGGCACUCCACCACUUCGACUGGUUCACAAAGGGGAAGGUCCCCGUGUUGGAGGCCAUGGAGAAGGAUCAGAAGGUGCGCGCCCACUUCAGGGGCGGAUCAUCGGCCAUCGUGGCCAUCAACACCGACAGACCUAAAGUCAUCGCAGCCAAACUGCAGGCCCUCAGCCCCAAAUACAACUCACUCAUGAACCACAUUCGCAUAAACUUGCCAGAGAUGUUUCCUAGUCUGAACAAAGUGGUGUUCCUAGACGACGACAUUGUGGUUCAGACGGACCUAUCGCCUCUGUGGGACAUCGACAUGAACGGGAAGGUGAAUGGAGCAGUGGAGACAUGUAGAGGGGAAGACAAAUAUGUGAUGUCAAAGAGAUUAAAAAGCUAUCUCAACUUCUCUCACCCUCUCAUUGCAACCAACUUUGAUCCUAAUGAAUGUGCAUGGGCUUAUGGCAUGAACAUUUUCGAUCUAGAGCAAUGGAGGAAAACAAACAUCAGCCAAACAUAUUACUACUGGAUUGAAGAGAAUCUCAAAUCAGACCUAAGUCUAUGGCAGCUUGGGACGUUACCUCCCGGGCUGAUAGCUUUCCGCGGCCAUGUCCACGCCAUCAAUCCGUUUUGGCACAUGCUCGGAUUAGGGUACCAAGACAACACCACCAUUGCUGAUGCUGAAGCAGCUGGUGUCGUCCACUUCAAUGGCCGGGCAAAGCCAUGGCUCGACAUAGCAUUCCCAGAGCUGCGGCCUCUGUGGACCAAGUACCUCGACUUCUCUGAUAGAUUCUUAAAGAGCUGCCACAUAAGAGCAUCUUAGAAACAAAUUUGGCAUGCUUUAUCAUUCAAAUCGGAGACGGGAAGCAUACAUGGAGAGUUGUUCAUGAGGAUUUUCAGGCAGACAGAUGACAGCACAGCAGCCAUAUUUGGCUUCAAAUUUUCACAACUCUCCCUUGCUUCCGAGUUUUUGAAUAUAUCUCAACUCAUACAAUGUUUUCAUUUUUUUUUUAAUUUCUCCAAAGGAAUGAUUCAUUCCUAUAGAAAGUGCGCAUUUGUUGGGAUGGGACUUCUAUUAUAAAGAUGAGAUGCACAAUCUCCUAAAUUAUCUAUCCA